GCAGAAUCAUUAGACAGAGAGAGACAGAGAGGCUUUUCCAAGUGAGUGUGUGUGUGUGUGUGUUUUUUCCCCGAGCUCACAGAUUCGAGUUUUUCUGAAGCAAACGAGAGAGAGAGAGAGAGAGAGAGAGACGAGACGAGACGUGAUGGCAGCUCGGAAGAGAGCCACAUCGGAGGCCAGCACCAGCACCACCGCGAAGCCUCCAACCACCACCGAAACUCAACCCAAAACCACGGAGGCUCCGAUCGCUCCGUCGAAGGCUGGACAAAUCCUGAAAGUGUCUGUGAUCUUCUUCUUGGUCCCAUAUUUGUACUUGAUUUUGUAUCACUACAACAUGGAAGCAGAGCUGAAGCGAUCGAUCCUCAUCAACGCCCUCCUCAGUUCCGCUGGAUUUUUCCUAACCCUAAUUAUGAUCCCCGUCGCCUCCAAAUACGUCUUGAGGCGCAAUUUGUUUGGUUUCGAUAUCAACAAGAAGGGCACUCCUCAAGGUUCUGUCAAAGUGCCUGAGUCAUUGGGUAUUGCUGUUGGGAUUGUUUUUUUAGUGUUGGCAAUAUUUUUUCAGUAUUUCAACUUUACGUCAGAUUCAAGCUGGCUUGUUGAGUACAAUGCAGCAUUGGCAUCAGUAUGCUUCAUGAUAUUGCUUGGAUUUGUAGAUGAUGUCCUGGAUGUCCCUUGGAGAGUGAAAUUAUUAUUGCCAUCAAUUGCUGCUCUUCCUUUGUUGAUGGCCUAUGCUGGGCAUACAACUACUAUUAUACCAAAGCCUCUCGUUCACUAUCUUGGGCUUGAGGUUUUGGAUCUGGGCUGGAUAUAUAAACUCUAUAUGUGGCUUUUGGCUAUUUUUUGUACAAACUCUAUCAAUAUUCAUGCUGGUUUAAAUGGCCUGGAAGUUGGGCAGACAGUUGUAAUUGCGUCUGCUAUUUUGAUACACAAUGUAAUGCAAAUUGGAGUAUCUUCGGACCCUGAAUAUAAACAGGCGCAUGCAUUUUCUAUUUAUCUUGUGCAACCGUUACUUGCCACUUCCUUAGCUUUACUUUCUUGCAACUGGUAUCCUUCAUCAGUUUUUGUUGGUGAUACAUACACAUACUUUGCUGGAAUGACUAUGGCUGUUGCUGGCAUUCUAGGCCACUUUAGUGAAACACUCUUGAUAUUCUUCCUUCCUCAAGUUUUGAACUUCCUCCUAUCACUCCCUCAGCUUUCUGGCUAUAUUCCAUGUCCACGGCAUCGGCUGCCCAGGUUUGAUCCUCGGACAGGGCUGCUGACUGGAACAAACGAUGGGACACUUGUGAACUUGUUCCUGAGAAAAUUUGGGAGGAUGUCAGAAAAGUCACUUUGCAUCUAUCUACUUGUUUUCCAGGCCAUAUGCUGCUGCUUCUGUUUCAUGCUGAGGUGGUUUCUCACUGGUUGGUACAAAUGAGACAGCAAGACCAGAGAACUUGCCUAUCAGUAGGUGGUUCCUCUCUGGUUGAGUUCAUUAACUUGCGGGACUAUCUCACCAUAUAGGUUUGUUGUAUUAUUAUUAUUAUUUUUUUCUCCUGAAAAGACUGACUUGCUAGAUUUAUCCAUCAGUAGGAAACACGAAUGUCUUACAGCUGGAGCGGAGUUGAUUUAAUAAUCAAGAAAAACAAAGAGGACAAAGCUGAUUUGUGUAAAAAUUUUGUAUUUUGCUCAUUUAAGAUGAUAGAGUUUUUCCCCCCCACAGAUUUAGAAGUUCAAAAGGAGACCGUGUUGAUGGUUUUUUUUGCUGAUGUUUUUCUUGGUUAGUAACAUGACGAGGGUAGCUCUAUAUCACAGGAAUAUUUGAUUAGAAUUCUUCACCUCAUGUAGUUUUGUGUUACGAUGGAUUUCAUUAUUUUUCUAUAUGAUGGGUUCUAUAUGUACACAUAUAGGAGCUGAAAAUAAACGGUCAAAAACAUGUAGUGACAAAUAUCAUUUUCUGAUUCAAAUAUUUUGUUAGAUAACCUAAUAUGAUGAUGACUUUACCACA